AGCAGGAUUGCAGUGACCUCCGGCGCGACAUGGCGCGGUGCGCCGCGGCCCACCCGAUUGUGAGGAAGAUCCGCCACGAGUGUGCAGCGUCCUUCACAGCCUUCGAGCAGUGCCUGGCGGAGAACCAGGCGGCUGUGGUGAACUGCACUGAACACGUCAACCGGUUCCUACUGUGUGCCGAGCAGGUGAAGCUGGCAACUUAAGAGUAGUGCCCGGGACCUUUGCCUCCAAAAUGGGUGGACGAUCAUCUCUCAUGGAGCAUAAUUCCAGUGGUUCUUCCCUGAAAAUGGAGUGUGUAAGUUCCUGCACCAUGACUUCUGCCAGCUUCUCACCUUCAAAGAAAUCUGGAUUCACAUUGGGAUGCUAGAACAUUGCAGGUUUACCUGUUUUCCUGGCCUGCCCUUAAAUGCUGCUGCUUGUCAGUGCUGGUGGCAGAGUUCUGAACAAUGCAAUUCACCAAUAAUCUAUGCGAAGACUAUAUUAAAGUGACAUGAAAGGGCCAACUCUCUUCUGCACUGAUAUGGAGACUGAAUGCUGAACUAGGUCCUUGUCCUGUCUGCCUUCUGUGUGCAAUUCUGGAGUACUGAGGGCUGGUGUUCCUUUACCCCAAUAAAAAUUCAUCUUGAAGACCAAAGUGCCAACCCUGGCUUCCUCCCAUCAUCCCUGGGAGCUGCUUGGUGGGGUUGUCUGUACUGAAAUCCGGCAAACACUGAAGUGAGAAUCCCGAUCUGUUCAGGUCCCGGGUCUGUCUCGCUUUAAAAUAGCCUGGUGACUGAGCAGCCUGGCUGAAGGGCUGAGGUAGCUUGGCUUGUGUUCUGUUCUAGAGCCAGCAGAGGGAGCACUGUUGCCAGAAGACCUGAGACUGCAGUAACAAGUGCUCCAAAGUGCUUUACAGCCCCUGGCUAGAAAGGAGAUGAUGGAGCAACCAUUGAAUUCAGGGAGAGCACCAGCAUUCCCAAAGGGGGUGGAAGGGGCAUGGUAGGGAUGGAAAGAGGUUGUUUCUGGUUUAGAUGGGAAUUAAAAGUGAUCCCAGAAGUAGUUGACUGUUCUCAAGGAGUGAAUUAAGCAGGUCCCUCAGAUUGCAAAGGAAACCACCUGGAGAUGUGGAGAAAGAUGUACAAGGGGCUAUACAAGGUACUGGGCCUUAGGACUUCCAGGUUAUUUCUAGGUCUUUGGC